CUGUUAAUAAAUAGCACUAAAUUUAUUGUCAUAUAAAUUAAUUAAAUAAAAUAAAUUUUUGAACUAAAAUGUCGAUUACAUCUCUUAUUGUUAAAGACAUCCGAUUUCCCACUUCUUUAAGUGGUGACGGAUCUGAUGCAAUGCAUACAGAUCCUGACUAUUCUUGUGCUUAUGUCAUCCUAAAGACUGACAAAAGCAAUAUAGAAGGCCAUGGAUUGACAUUUACUAUAGGAAAGGGUACURAAGUCGUUGUUGCGGCCGUACGAGCGCUGCAACACUUAGUGAUUGGUCAACAAUUGGAUGUUAUUUUUGAUAAUUUUGCCCAAUUCUGGAAAUCAUUGACCUGUCACAGUCAGAUUCGUUGGAUUGGACCCGAAAAGGGUGCUUUACAUAUGGCUACCGGUGCUAUAAUUAACGCUAUUUGGGAUUUAAGAUCAAAAAUUGAAGGAAAACCUCUUUGGAAACUUUUGACUGAUAUGGAGCCCGAAAAGUUGGUUUCAUGUAUUGACUUUCGUUAUAUAACCGAUGCUCUUACCAAAGAGGAAGCGCUGGAAAUUUUAAAGAAAAAUAGACAAUUUAAAGAACAGAGAGAAAAAGAACUGUUAGCUAAAGGCUUUCCCGCUUACACCACAGCUGUUGGUUGGGUUGGUUAUGACGAACAAAAAAGGAGACAACUUUGCCGACAAUAUCUAUCCGAUGGUUACACAGCUUUUAAGGCAAAAGUAGGCACAAGUAUUGAAGAGGACAGAAAAAGAUUGCAAAUAAUUCGAGAAGAGAUCGGUUGGGACAACAAGUUGAUGGUCGACGCAAACCAGAAAUGGGAUGUCAAUGAAGCCAUUGAAUGGAUGAAACAAUUGACAGAUUUUAAGCUUUUAUGGAUAGAGGAGCCGACCUCUCCCGAUGAUGUGUUGGGUCAUUCAACUAUUUCACGGGCUCUUAAGCCAUAUGGUAUAGGAGUAGCCACUGGAGAGCAAUGUCAGAAUCGGGUGUUAUUUAAACAGUUUUUGCAAUCAAAUGGCUUUCAAUUCUGUCAAAUAGAUUCGUGUCGUUUGGGAGGAGUUAAUGAAAUUUUAGCCAUCAUUUUAAUGGCUCAUAAAUUUGGAGUACCGGUAUGUCCACAUGCGGGAGGUGUGGGUUUGUGCGAAUACGUUCAACACCUAUCUAUGUGGGACUUUGUUGCUGUUAGCGGUUCAAUGGAAAACCGUAUGACUGAAUACGUACAUCACUUGAAUGAACACUUCACAUAUCCAGCUAUGGCUAAAAAGGGCAGAUAUAUUGCACCACAAAAUCCAGGUUAUGGCUGUCAGUUAAAGUAUGAAUCUCAAGAUUAUUAUGAGUUCCCAAAUGGAACUUAUUGGUUAUCAAAACAAUAA